AUGGGAGACACUCCGCUGGCCUCGUUGUCUUUGACUCAUGUCCACUACAACCCCGAGGAUCCCCUAUCCUUGGUCUCCGCAUGGCUCGCCUUACUCCCCCAGGCGCUGUGUGUCUCAUAUGCGACGCUGACAUGGGCUACAAGAGAGAUCGAGGUGGUUCUGAUGUUUGCUGGACAGCUGGGCUGUGAGGCAGUGAAUUUUGUGCUCAAGCGAAUCAUCAAGGAAGAGCGCCCAAAGGAAAUGUUUGGAAAAGGCUAUGGAAUGCCUUCCUCUCAUUCUCAAUUUAUGGCUUUCUUUUCCGUUUAUCUGAUCCUCUUCCUUCUCUUCCGACACACUCCCGCCUCCGCAACCUCCUACCCCUACAGCGGCACCCUGCUCCGAGGUGCUGUAAUCAUCAUCCUCGGUGGGGUUGCAGCUGCCGUUGGCACAAGCCGGGUCUACUUGAACUAUCACACGCCCACCCAAGUACUGGCGGGCUCUGCGGCUGGCGUCGUGUGUGCCGUGGGUUGGUUUGUUGUCACCGGGCUUGUUCGACGCUGGGGGUGGAUUGACUGGGUUCUGGACCUUACCAUCUGUCGUCUUAUGCGUGUGCGUGACCUGGUUGUCAGUGAGGAUCUUGCUGAGUCCGGAUGGCAACGAUGGGAAGCACGGCGGCUAAAGCGCCGUCAACGUAACCGCAAGUCGGAGUAA